AUGGAUUUAUAUGUUACAUUGAGACAUAGUCCUAAUUGUUUUGUCAAUCUACCUUUAAAGAUUGCUCAUACUCUUGCUCAAAGAAAUGAAUCAACCCAAUUAAUAUUAGAAUUGAAAUGGUAUGAUAAAGCAAAUAAAGAGGAUAAAUAUGCUUUUGUUGGAUGGUCUGGUGGUAGUAGUAGUAGCAUGGGUAAUAACCAUCAUCAUCAUCACAAUGAUUCAUUAGAGAUGAGUCAAGAGAUGGCACAGUGCUUGGGAUUGGUAGAAGGUCAGAUGAUUCGUUUAAAGGCUGCUUCGGCGAGUGCAGUACAGAAAGCAACUACUGUAGAGGUGGAACCAGUGACUAGCGACGAUUGGGAGAUCUUAGAGGUACAUGCCGAGUAUCUAGAGGAACAAUUGUUGAAUCAAAUCAACGUUGUAUCAAGUGGUCAGAUCAUUCCAAUUUGGAUACACCAAAAGAUUGUAAUUCAUUUACGUGUAAUUGAUGUUACACCGAAAUCAUCGUCAUCAUCAUCAUCUAAUCAACCAUCGGCUGUCAAAUUGUCAAAUGAUUCAGAGAUUAUAGUUGCACCUAAACCUCGUAAUAUUCCAUCAUCCUCUUCAUCCUCAUCAUCUCGGUCUUAUAAUUCAUUACUUCCACGUCACCUUUAUAUUCAACAAGAAUCAUCUUUAGUUGACUCAGACAACAAUGGACUAUUGUCUUCAACAACAGUAUACAUAUCAUUAAAUGCAAUGAAAGAAUAUGAAUGGAAUCAAGGUGAUAUAGUUGAAAUCAGUCAAAUCAAAUCAAAAGAUCAAUUACCCUCAAUACUACAAUCAUCAAGUGAAUCAACAGAUGCUGAAGAUAAUCAACAACAACAACAACAACAAGGACAACAACAACAACAACCAAUAAUUAAAAGAAAAUGUAUUUAUGCUAGAGUUUAUAGUUCCCAAGAGGUUGUUGGAAAAUUGAUAGUAAAAAGUGAUCAACAUAUAAUUGUUGGAAAGAAUCUUAGAUAUCUUUUACAAUUAAAUGUUAAUACACAGAUCAAAGUUAGAAUAUUGCCAUCUCAUUCUAUUCCAAUUUGUCCAAUCAGUGGAGUACAAAUCAAACAGGUGGUGUGGCGUAACAGUCCUCUUGAAUUUGCACCAAAACCUCCUAGAAUCUCACUACUCCCUCCACAACUAUUACACCAAGUCGUCAAAGAAUGGUCACAUAUUUAUUUAAAAGAAAACAACAAAGACAAUCAACAACAACCUAAAGCGAUGGUUCCAUUAGUAAAUGGAUCAAUUAUAACUAUUCCACCAAUUAAAAAUUAUUCAACCAAUUCAAUUGAUAUUCAAUUUCAUUUUAAUCAACAACAACAACAACAACAAAUGUCAUCUCAACAACAACAACAGGGAGGUGGUAAUAGACAAAUGCAUCCACAACAAAGACAAAAUAAUCAAGAAUUAUUAAAUGUAAUUGGAAAUGUACUUAGUAAUCAAAUUGAUAAUUUAGUUGAUCAACCUAAUCCUCAACAACAACAACAACAACAAUCAUCUCAGUCAUCUCAACAAAAUCAAUAUCAAUUAAUUCAUGGAGUAUUUAUGAUAAAUGAUGAAAUAUUUAAUCAAGAUAGAAUGAUUAUAUCAUUUGAAAAGAAUGAUGGUAGUAAAUUGGAACCAUUGGAAGAUUAUGUAGAUAUUAGUGAUAGAUUGUUUGAUAGAAUUGGUGGUAUGGAUAAAUUGAUUGAUCAAGCCAAAGACUAUUUAUCGUUACUCGUUAGAAAGGAUUAUGGAAUGUUACGUAACCAACUCAAUGCACCUGGAAAUGGUGGUGUGUUGAUCACUGGAUCACACGGAUCUGGUAAAUCAAUGUUGGCUAGUGCUUUGGCAGGUUACUAUGUUCACCUUGACGAAUCAUUAACAUUUGUCGUUCGUUUAAAUUGUCAAUUACUCAAAGAAACAAAGGUCGAACGUAUUAGACAAACUCUAACUCCAAUCUUUACAAGAGCAUAUCUUUCAAAACCUUCUAUUAUCAUUUUAGAAGAUUUAGAUAUUAUACUUCCAAAUCCAAAUGAACAAGAUCCUGGAUCAAAAAUUAGAUGUUUACAAAUAUCAAAUUAUAUUAAAAAAUUGAUUGGAGUUUGUAGAGAUCGAAAUGCACCAAUUGUAUUGAUUGCCACGAGUCAAUCUAUACAAUCAUUGUACAAGGAUUUCCAAACCCCCGAUGUAAUGGGGUUGACACUUGAAAUCCAACCACCAUCAAGAGAUGACCGUGCAGACAUUUUCUUUAAAUUGUUAAAGAGGUUGGAUUUACAAGUCGAAGAUGACAAUGAAAAAGUGGCACUUGGACGAUUUGCUUCAUCUCUAGAGGGUUAUCUUGGAUGUGAUAUUGAAAGAUUAAUAGAGCGUGUCAUUUAUCUUAAUCGUAGUAAUAGUAAUAAUAAUAAUAAUCCACAACAAUCGACAGUGACAUUAAAAGGAAUGCAUUUGGCCAAAGAAGGAUAUACACCCAUUUCACUCAAAGGUGUUAAAUUACAUCAAUCAGAUGCAGGCAAAUGGAAUGAUAUUGGUGGAUUAAAAGAUGGUCCAGAGUUGCUUAACAAGUAUAUUGGGUCUAGUGAACAGGGUGUACGAGACAUCUUUUCACGUGCGUCGUCUGCAUCGCCUUGUGUACUCUUUUUUGACGAGUUUGACUCGAUUGCGCCGCGUCGUGGACACGAUAGCACCGGUGUGACCGAUCGUGUUGUCAACCAGUUUCUCACUGAACUCGAUGGUGUAGAGGGAUUGGCAGGUGUCUAUGUCUUGGCGGCUACCAGUCGUCCCGACCUCAUCGACCCCGCUCUCCUCAGACCGGGUAGACUCGACAAGUCACUCUACUGCAACAUUCCAGAACGAGAUGAGCGUCUAGAGAUCAUCACCAUCCUCGCCAACAAAAUGCGUAUUGACGAAGAGUCACAAAACUCUUUGGCCGAGUUGGCAGACACCUCUGAAGGGUACACUGGUGCCGAUCUCAGAGCCAUCAUGUACAACUCUCAAUUGAAAUCAAUUCAUGAAUUAAUGCAUAAAAAAGAACAAGAAAAGAAAGAAAAAAGAGAAAAAGAGGAAAAUGAUAAACAACUUGGAGGUGGAGUAGCAGGAGUUGGAGGAGAAAGUAUUUUAGGAAAUAAUAUAGUUAUUUUUGAAAAUAUUGAAAAUAAUAAUAAUAAUAAUAGUAGAAUGACAAAUGAACAAAGAAACAAAUUAAUUCAAAAGAUUGAUGAAAUUAAAACAACAUUUGGUCAACAAAUAGAUGAUGAAAAUAAUAAUAGAAAUAAUAAUAAUAAUAGUAAUGGAAAUAAUGAACAACCAAUAAUCAAGAAAAUUCAUUUUGAAGAAUCUUUUAAACAAUCAUCUCCAUCGGUUCCUCCAUCUGAAAGAACACGUUAUGAAAAAAUAUAUAAAAACUUUUUAAAAGAGAGAGGAUCUGUGACAGGUACGAAAAAAGAAGGAAUGAAACAAACUUUGGCAUAA